GAGCUCGGUAGACUAGGAUGGCCCCGUCUCGGCGGAUGCGGUACCCGGGGCGGGGCGGUGUGAGAUCUUCAAAGAACACUGUAGGAAGAACGCGUUCUGCAAAAGAUAAAGCUGGCCCAACGCAGAAGCCCACUGAUGUGUUUGAUUUCCCCGAUAAUUCUGUUAUUUCCAGCAUUGACAGGCUGGGUGAAAAUGAGAAAGAUGAAGAACCUUACGAAAUCUUUGACCCUCCUCUACACAGCACCGCGAUAUAUGCUGAUGAAGACGAAUUCUCCAAGCACUGCGGGUCCUCCGUGCCCUCGACUCCGCAAGGAAAAGAGGCAGAGAAAAGGUCAGACACUUACGAAAUUGAAGCAGGUGAAAACAUGUCUACAGAGAUGAGGGAAAAAAAGCCAGGAAGGAGAGUCAGGCCCAUUAGCGAUGACUCUGAAAGCACUGAAGAAGAGGAUAUAAGAAGGAAAGUUCAACCAGCAGAGAAAAUAAGGACACAACCAGAUACACCCCAUAUAUCCUCGGAGCUUCCAGAGAAACCGGCUGAGUCGGUCACUCCUAAAAACAUCAGACCCCUUAGCGCCAAGUCCACUGUUGAAAAAGAGCCCGAGACAGAACCACAUAAUUUGAAAACUCAGAAAAAGGUGUUUUGUGGCAGAAGGAAGAAAUCAAGAAGUGAAGCCAGAGACUCAGAUCGUUCUGACUCUGAACCUAUUUGGUGUCUGAAAGGAAAGAAAGCCAGUGACAUCUCGGAGUUAGAUGUUGUUUUGUCUGCCUUUGAGAAGACCAUCCUGGAGUAUGAACAAAAAGUAGAAUCUAAAAUUUUUAAGGAAGCCAUCAAAAAAUUUCAUUCUAAUAUGAAAGAAGAACUCAUCAAAACGCUUAAAGAAGUCCAGAUGUCAAAAACUCUGAAAAGGAAGAACACGAAGAUUAUUUCAGAUAUUGAAAAGAAAAGGCAGCGUUUGCUUGAGCUCCAGGAUGAACUGCUUCGGUUAGAACCACAGCUGAAACAACUACAAGUCAAAUAUGACGAACUUAAGGAGAGAAAAUCUUCCCUAAGGAAUGCAGCGUGUUUCUUAUCUAACCUAAGACAGCUUCAUCAAGAUUACUCAGAUAUUCGAGAAAAAGAACCUCAUGUAAAAGAAACGUAUGAUUCAUCCAGCCUUCCAGCUCUGUUAGUCAAAGCGAGAACCCUUCUGGGAGCUGAAAACCACCUACAAAAUAUCAACCAUCAAUUAGAGAAGCUCCUUGACCAGAAAGGUGACCAAUCUACUGAAAUGUGACUCUGUAAAGACUAGUCCCCUGCGCUUGCCUGUUCCCUUCUGAUACUAUACUUUUGUAAAUAAAAAUUCUUUGAGAA